CACGAUUUUGCAUUUCCUCUUUCAAAUCAAUAAUGGAAUAAAUGACGAUUAUUCGAGUCAAAUUAUUUUGUAGUAGGUCUCACUUUUUGUCGGCCAGUACUUUAUCGCAUUUUAUAAAGACUCCAUUGGAGCAGCUCGUAAUUGAAACUUCGAUUUUUCAUCCAAGGGGAUUUCUGAUCCGAUAUAAUCAAUUAUUGGGCUUAAGUUUGUCAAACUAAAAAAACCAGGCAUCGAAUAAGAAUAAAUCGAGGAGAUUCUUUUGAGAGAGUUUAGGAAUUUUGUCUGGAGCAUUUCGUCGAAUGGCUGGUACGAUUCCCGGAGUGGAAACCGCUCGGAGGAGGAGGUUCCGUGGGAGUAAUGGGUGGUCUGAUAAUUCGUUUCUCGUCAAUUCUGCUUUUGGGUCUACGAGGAGACUUUCUUACGAUACCCAUCUCAAUUCCACUUCGUUCUUGCAUAGAAGCAUGGUGAGCCAAUCAGAUGAGGAUGGGAAGCUGGGUGGUGUGGCCAGAAAAGCCAAACAAAGAUUGGAGGGGAGGCUCAGAGGUUACUGGAAAUCAGAAACCAACAGCCAAGAAAGGUUGAGGGGUGCAAAUCUUGUAGAAGAGAUUGGGAGAAAGCCAACUACUACUUCUAUGGUGGUGGGAGAUUUGCAAAUGGAGGUUUUUGGUUUGAAAAAGAAUGGUUCAAAGAGGUUUCAUUGGGGGAAAAUGGGGUUGAAUUGGAAAUCAUUGGAUCAAGACGAGUGUGUCGUUUGUUUGGAUAAAUUCAAGAUUGGCGAGAAGCUAGCUCGUUUGCCUUGCGCACAUCGAUUUCAUUCUAUGUGUUUGUUACCGUGGUUAGAGAGUCAUGCACAUUGCCCUUGUUGUAGAACAAACGUUUUGGGUUCUAAUUGAUCUGUUUGUGUUAUUUUAAAUCCUGUGGUCCAAUCUAGUUUUAGUAAUAAUCUUGUAACGUUUGUGACUAAGUUGUAUUUCAUGUUAACACUGAUAAGAGUGUUUAAAGGUAAAAGAAUGUAAUCAAGAAAAACCAUUAUCGACUAGUUUUACAUGACAGUUUAUGUAAAAAUAUUUUGUUAUCUGA